AUGGCAAAAGAGGUAAUAAUCGGUAUCGAUUUGGGUACAACUAACUCUUGUGUUUCUGUUGUUGAAAACGGAGCGCCUAAGAUUCUUGAGACGCCUGACGGUAAAAGAACGGUUCCUUCGGUUGUUUCCUUCAAAGGGAGUGAAAUCAUCGUCGGUGAUAGUGCUAAACGACAAAUGGUUACUAACCCAAACACAAUUGUUUCCAUCAAAAGAUUGAUGGGUACUGACAAAAAAGUCUCUGCAAUAGGUAAAGAAUUUACUCCUGAGGAGAUCUCUGCUUACAUUCUUAAAUACAUCAAAAAGUAUGCUGAAGAUAGACUGGGUCAAGCUGUUUCCAAAGCAGUUGUGACUGUUCCUGCUUACUUUAACGAUUCUGAAAGACAAGCUACCAAAAACGCCGGUACAAUCGCCGGACUUGAUGUUGUUCGAAUAGUUAACGAACCUACAGCUGCUGCUUUGGCUUACGGUCUAAAUCACGCAGACAAAGAACAAAAGAUUAUCGUUUACGACCUUGGUGGUGGUACAUUUGAUGUAUCGGUUCUUGAUAUGGCGGACGGUACUUUCGAAGUUCUUUCUACUUCCGGUGACAAUCAUCUUGGUGGUGAUGAUUGGGACCAAGUUAUUAUUGACUGGCUUGUUAAGGAGGUUCAAAGAGAGCAUGGAGUUGAUCUUUACUCUGAUAAUCUUGCACUACAAAGGGUUAAGGAUGCUGCUGAGAAGGCAAAGAUUGAACUUUCCUCAGUGACUCAGUCUCAAAUUCUUCUUCCAUUUAUUUCCAUGGUUGGUGGUACUCCUCUUAACGUUGAAAAAACCCUUACAAGAGUUGAGUUUGAAUCCCUGACAAAACAUCUUCUUGAAAAGACAAGACAACCCUUCCUUGAUGCACUUAAAGAAGCCAAACUGGAGGCCAAAGAUAUUGAUCAAAUUCUUUUGGUUGGUGGUUCUACAAAAAUGCCUGCAGUUCAAAAACUUGUUAAGGAUCUAUCUGGCAAAAAUCCUAACCUUUCUAUCAACCCAGAUGAAGUUGUGGCUCUAGGUGCUUCUGUUCAGGGCGCUAUCCUUGCUGGAGACAUUAAAGAUAUCCUUCUGCUUGACGUUACUCCUCUUACAUUGAGUAUUGAAACUGUGGGCGGUAUUGCAACUCCUUUGAUUGCAAGAAAUACAACUAUUCCUGCUGAAAAAACUCAGGUGUUUUCCACUGCAACAGAUAACCAACCUUCCGUUGACAUUCACGUGGUUCAAGGAGAAAGAGCGGAGGCUAGACAAAACAAGUCUCUUGGUAUCUUUACACUUGACGGCAUUCAACCUGCUCCUAAGGGUGUUCCUCAAAUUGCUGUUACUUUCGCGAUUGACGCUAAUGGUAUCCUGCACGUGAAAGCUGAAGAUAAAGGUACAGGUAAGACAAACUCUAUCACAAUCAACCAAAAUUCUGGAUUGAAUGAAGAGGACAUUAAACGAAUUAUUGCAGAAGCUGCUGAAAAUGAAGCUCAAGACAAAAUAUGAAAAGAGUCUGCGGAAGUUAAAAAUGAGGCAAAUGCAUGA